GAUUAUCCUGGCGGGGCAGUUCCGCUCCUCCGCGCACUCUCCUCCCGCUCCUCCGUGGACCCGCCGUUCCCGCCGCCGGCAGACUUAACUAUCCGUGGAAGUCUGUAUCUCCUGCGUGGUUGCAGAACCAAACCAGACAGUCACAGAAGAACAGAUAACAGACUCAACCGUUCCUCUGCAGACGUUUCAAUGCAGCUUGGAGAAGCCGACGAGAGCGACACCCUUCAGGACCAGGCGGCUCCAGGUCAGCCAUGCCAUUUCCCCCUGGUGAUCUACAAGCCCGUGCCGUUGCACUCCCAGGCCCCGCUCUUCCUGAAGGGGGUGCCCAUCAUGGCACGAGUGGAAAGCACAGAGCGGUACACCAGCGGUUCCAAGGUGCGGCCCAGCACGGUCUACACCUUGCGGCUGAGCCACGGCCAGUUCACCUGGAGCAUGAAGAAGCUCUUCCGGCACUUCCAGGAGCUGCACCGGGACCUGAUGAAGCACCGCCUGCUCCUGAGCCUGCUCCCGCUACCCCGGUUUGUCCUGCAUGGCUCAUGGCCAGCACGGAGCUCCCUGGAACUGCCCCCCUUGCCACACGGGGGCGGUGAGGUUUCCCGGCGCCCAUCCAGCAAGCAGAAACAGCUUGAAAGUUACCUGAACACCUUGCUGGAAAUGAGUGUUUACCGGGACUACCAUGCGAUGGCAGAGUUCCUGGACGUGAGCCAAUUCUCCUUCCUUCCGGACCUUGGGCCCAAAGGCCUGGAAGGCAUGAUCCUGAAGCGGUCUGGGGGCCACCACAUCCAGGGGCUAAACUGUGCUGGGCAUCACCAGGUCUGCUACCGCUGGUCCAAGAGGUGGCUAGUGGUGAAGGACGCCUUCCUGCUCUACCUGAAGCCGGAGUCGGGCGUGAUCUCCUGCGUGCUGCUCUUUGACCCAGCCUUCAGCGUCCAGGUGGGCAAGAAACCCACAGAGACAAAGUACGGGGUCCGUGUGGACAACAGCUGCAGGUCCCUUGUCUUGAAGUGCAGCAGCUACCGGCAGGCCCGUUGGUGGGGGCAACAGGUUGCCGAACUGGCAGAGAGCAAAGGCCAGGAGCACCUGCAGCUGCACCGCCACGACGGGUUCGCCCCUGUCCGCGAGGAGACCCCCGCCCGCUGGUUUCUUAAUGGAGCCGGGUAUUUUGCUGCUGUGGCAGACGCCCUGGUCCUGGCCCAGGAGGAAAUCUUCAUCACGGAUUGGUGGCUCAGCCCUGAGAUCUACAUGAAGCGUCCAGCUCAGUCAGAUGAGUGGAGGCUGGACCUCAUCCUGAAGCACAAAGCGGAGCAGGGGGUGCAUGUCUGCGUGCUCCUGUUCAAGGAGGUGGAGCUGGCCCUGGGCAUCAACAGCGGGUACAGCAAAAGGGCCCUGAUGCUGCUGCACCCCAACAUCAAGGUAAUGCGCCAUCCGGACCACGUCUCCUCCAUCGUCUUCCUGUGGGCUCACCACGAGAAGCUGGUGGUGGUGGACCAGUCGGUGGCUUUCCUGGGAGGGCUGGAUCUGGCCUACGGGCGCUGGGAUACCCCAGAAUAUCGCCUUGCAGACCUGGAUGGUGAGAACUGCCAUGGCCCCAAGGGCGGGGGCGCCCCUGCAGGGCCGGGUGAGGAGGCCCCCGUGGACCUGGCCACAAACCGGCUGCUCUGGCUGGGCAAGGACUACAGCAACCUCAUUGCCAAGGACUGGGUGCAGCUGGACAAGCCUUUUGAAGAUUUCAUUGACAGAUUCCAGACCCCUCGGAUGCCUUGGCGGGAUGUGGGGGUGGCUGUUCACGGCGUGGCAGCGCGGGACGUGGCCCGGCAUUUUGUUCAACGCUGGAACUUCACCAAGACAAUCAAGGCCAAGUACAAGGGCUCCGAGUACCCCUACCUGCUGCCCAAGUCCCCCCACGUCCCCCCGAGGUUCCCAUUUCUCGUGCCUGGUGCCCAGGUUGCCAAUGUCCAGGAUCUUUUUGAGGGGGUGGCAGAGCCCGUAACCUUGGAUGUAAAAGGGCUCCCAGCAAGGUGGGGUGCAGUGGGGAUGCCUGCCAGGAGGGGCAUUUCAGCAUCCAGCCACACCCCUUUUGACCUGAAAGAGCUCCGGCUGCGUCCUCAGGUGCUGCGCUCAGUGGACCGGUGGUCAGCCGGCCUCCAUGAAUGUUCGAUCUACAACGCCUACCUGAAUGUCAUCAAGACUAGCCAGCAUUACCUGUACAUCGAGAACCAGUUCUUCAUUAGCUGCACAGACGGACGCUCAGUUCUCAACACAGUAGGAGACGCGGUUCUGCAACGGAUCCUGCUUGCUCACAGCGAGAAGAAGCCGUUCCGGGUGUACGUGCUGCUCCCCCUCCUGCCUGGAUUUGAGGGAGACAUUGCACAGGGGGGCAGCAACUCCAUCCAAGCCAUCCUUCACUUUACCUACGGGACUCUCUGCCGUGGGGAGUCGUCCAUUGUUAGUCGCCUUCAGGCAGUCAUGGGGGAGGCCUGGAAGAACUACAUCUCUUUCUGUGGGCUCCGGACACACGGGGAGCUGCAGGGCACGCUUCUCACCGAGCUGGUCUACGUCCACAGCAAGAUGCUCCUUGCGGAUGACCGGCGCGUCAUCAUUGGUUCGGCCAACAUCAACGACCGGAGUCUGCUGGGAAAGCGGGACAGCGAGUUGGCAGUCCUGGUGGAGGACACGGAACUGCUGCCAUCCGUCAUGGAUGGGCAGGAGUACCCAGCAGGGAAGUUCGCGCUGAGCCUGCGCCUCGAAUGCUUCAGGCACCUCUUGGGGAUAACUCCGGAGAACAACGCCAGCAUUCAGGACCCCGUCAGCAACCACUUCUUCCAUGAGGUCUGGUGUGCCCGAGCCUUAUCCAAUACCCACAUUUAUGAGGAGGUCUUCCGCUGUCUUCCCACCAACGCCGUUCGGUCGCACCGGGCACUGCGCGAACACGUGGCGGUGGAGAGCCUGGCCUCGCUCAGCCCCAUCCUGGCACGGGACCGUCUGCGGGCGGUGCGGGGGCUCCUGGUUGGCUUCCCGCUGGAGUUCCUGGCUGAGGAGCACCUCCUGCCGCCACUGAACUGCAAGGAGGGCAUGAUCCCCACGGAGGUGUGGACGUGAGCGCGAGAGCCGGGCGGAGGGAGGCCCGCAGACCGGCCCCCUGGACGCCCCGCGCCCCGGCCGGGCAGCCGCUCCCUCGCGGGAUAACUGGAAGGGGCUCCGCCCGGACUGAGCUUUGCGGGGGACGCAAGGACUGCGGGCGCCAGACGAAAGGGGCCCAGCGCCUGGCCAGUCGAGGCGGUCGCCCCAAUGCCCCCGUCCGCGGGGAUCAGCUACUUUUUAAUCGCGAGCGAAGGACGC